UUCGACCUAAUUCUCCUGGGCUACGGUCCGGACGGAUAUAUCUAUAGUUUAUUCCCGGGCCACGAACUGCUCCGCGAGUCGGACGCCUGGGUCGCCGCUAUUGAAGAUAGCCCUAAACCGCCCGCGCGACGUAUUACCUUGACCCUGCCCGUCGUUACCCACGCAUAUUAUAUCGCCUUUGUCGCGACCGCCGCUUAA